GAAACAAUAGUCUCUCUUAAAAGAAAAUUUAUUCGUUCUUUUGGUUUCUUUUAAAAUGUCUAAUUUUUCUCAACUAGUUUUUGGUUUUCUGGUUACCAUGGCCUUUAUUACUAAUGUUCAAGGUUGGAUCGAUGCUCAUGCAACGUGUUAUGUCGAUUAUCAGAAGGGUGCAUGUGGUUACGAUACAAUAAUCGAAGGAUACGGGCUCAGGACAACCGCUCUAAGUACAGCCCUAUUUAACAAGGGUGCAGCAUGUGGAUCAUGUUUUGAAAUCCAAUGUAAAAACUCAAAAUGGUGUAAACGAGGUGCGGGCACAAUCAAAGUCACUGCCACCGACUUAUGUCCGCCGUCAACCGGUCCGGCGGCAUGGUGUAAUCCUCCACAACAUCACUUUGACCUUUCCCUACCCAUGUUUAUGAUGAUCGCAGAGUACAAAGCUGGUAUAAUACCCGUACAAUACAGGAGAGUUCCGUGUAUUAAGCAAGGAGGUGUCAAGUUUCUUGUAAAUGGAAAUCCUUAUUUUCUAUUAGUACUAGUCUUUAAUGUUGGAGAUGCCGGAGAUAUUAUAGACAUGAAGAUUAAGGGUACGAGCAACAAAUGGGUACAAAUGACGCGAAAUUGGGGCAUGAAUUGGCAAGUUGGUACUACAGCUUGGACUAGUGAUCAAUCCUUGUCGUUUCAAGUGACUAGUAGUAAUGGGAAAAAAGUGCAGCUUGAUGGUGUUGUGCCACGAAAUUGGCAAUUUGGUCGGACAUUUGAAGGAAAGUUUAAUUUUAAAUGAGGGUACUAAAUAUAGAUUAAAAAAAAUCGCUAAAUGCAAAAUAAUUUAAUUGUUUUUUAAAUGUAUUAUUCCUAAUUUACCCUUGUUUUAACUUCACUAUUGACAACCGAUAACUUCUGAAAUUUUUAACUUUUGCAUCGACGCAUCGUUGUAAGUAUGUAAGUAUUUGUGAUCAAGACUAUGAAGGAUAAUAAUGAACAAAUAAUUCAAAUA